UUUUUGAUAAAUCCGUCUGUAACUUUGAUAGUAUUUUCACUGUUUGACAUUCUCUUUAAUUUUUGUUAUCGAUUCAUAUUCAACUCAGCCGAGACAAUUUGACUUAAGAGCCAAAUGUCAUAUCGUGAAAAUAAUAAUCAAUUAUUUAUAUUUUUACGUUUCUUAGAAGAACUCAUUACUUCCUACAAGAUGGGCCUGGUCUCGCAUGUCGUUACACUUGGCUUAGGUGUUUACACAGGAAUUUAUUUAUCACAAAAUUACGAUAUCGCAAAAGUUGAUGAACCACAAGUAGUAAUAGAUAAAGUAAAAAACUAUCUAGAAACAAUAUUGAAGCCUAAACCCUAGAUUAUGUCAAGUUAUUAUAAAUAAUAAAAUAUAUUUAUGAUGUGAAUAGUU